CGGCUCUUCCCCGUCUCGACCACCUUUCUCGCACUCUUUCCUUUCCUUCUUUUCUUUCUCUCUCUUUUUUCUUGUCCUAGUGACAUUGGCUGAAGACUACCAAUAUGUUCACAUCUGUCAAAUCCCUGUAUGAUCGAAUUACACUCACUCCCUUGACGGCGAUUUUCUUCUUGUUCUGUUUCGUCCACUGCUUCGUAGAGGGCUUCAUCCAAGCAUACAUCUACACGACGGACUCCACCGCGUAUGGUGUCACGACAAGCAUCCUUCAGCAAGCGAAGGUUCCGGACAGCGAUUUCAGCAUCCUUCGACGGACUCCUGGCAACGACACCCUCCAGUUAUGCAACAUGGUCCCGACGUACGUUGCAGCGCAGCAAUGCGAACUCAUAUUCGAGACGGGACACCCCAACAUGACAGUUCCCCAGAAUUUCAAUCUUACGAACGGCAACGAGUCGAAGCUGUUCGCGGAUACUGAUUUGAAGAUUUCGGCGACGCCUGACAGUGACGAUUCCGUGCAUGUCACUCUCUUUUCCGGCGAAAGCGUCACUAUGAACCAGAUGUGCACGCUGGUUCUGACAUAUCCUCAUCAAGUGUUGAUGAAUGCUGAGCGUGAGGACAUUGUAUUGGUGGUUACACAAUUCUGGAUAUUGUGUAUUUCCGUCUUUGCGAUUGCAUACACAUCUGUGCCGCAUCUCAUCGCAGCUCUGUGUUUCCGUACCCUCGCCACAGCAUGGUCCAUGUAUAUCAUCUGGCGAACAAACGAUAUAUACAGUCGGUUCACACUUCUGCUGGAGCAUGAGGACAGCCCCUGCCAAGUCAAAGUGGACGAACUGUUUGCAGGAUAUUUCGCGACUCGUAGAAAUCUUCAGCACCUGAAGAUUCCGGAUCUCACUUUGAACACCGUCGCUCUGGCUGUCUCCAUCUAUCUCACUGUCAAACUGAUCAAGAUUUAUGGUCCCAACACGUUCAAUCGCGUCGGCGCUCCAAAGCACAUCAUCCGGAUCUACAACUACUUCCUCGCGGUCUUCGUCUCCUUCCAACUUGCCGCAUUCUUGCUGGUUGCCAUGGUCUGCUUAUGGCUCGAUCAAAUGUUGGACAAAGGCAAUGCUAUUGGAGACUCGACGUUCCACCGUCCGCUGUACAUCGCGCUUUCGAUCUGCACACUCGCGCUAUUGACGCCAUGGAUUGCGAUGGGCUGGUAUUCAGUGCGUCGUGAGUGGAAACGGCUCAUGCUCGGAUUCCUUGGAAUCUCUGCCAUUAUAUUCGCUUCGUGGAUAUUGAUGGCGAAGUCUUGGAGCUUUGCUUUCACCUUCGUCAACUGGCCAUUCUUUGCCUGCCUAAUCGUUGCUUCGACAUUGUCUCUGUUAUCGACUAUCGUGUUUGGCGUUCUCUCUUUGCUCCAUUUCGGCAAGGGCCUGGCUCAUUACCUCUAUGUCGAUCAAGUGCUCGCCAAAGCAGGCUUCGAAGAAGACGUGUUCGAGAAAGACGUUUCUGCAAAGGAAAAGGAGUGGGAUGAGCUUGACAUGUCUGACAUGCCAACCUACACGCUCAACUUCACAACCCAAAUUCAAAACCGGGAUGUCGAGAAAUAAGGUGGCGUAUCACUGAACGGCUUCUGGGAUAACGGACCUCUUCGAAACCUGGCGUUUGUGUACUGCUUAGAAAUGUAUAUAUUCCAUGUUCUCAGGGUGGAUUGAUGAAUGGCGAUCAACUGCUUCGUCUAAUCUAAU